CAUUUUGCCACCUUUGGCGCGGUGUUGAUGUUACUCAGUGAACGUGUUUAACGUGGAGCGGUUGUGUGCGCGCUCGUGUCGACUUUUGGCGAAUAAUAUUUCCUGCUCGUUUCGUUGGUGGACUUUUGUUAGCGUUUAACGGCUUAACGGUAUACCAAUAAUUUGGGUGUCUGUGUGAUUGCAAAAAGGUAUUUGAAGCGUCUGGAGUGGAUUUUUGCAAGCAAAUUGAAAAAAAAUUUAAUUUAAGUGUUCAAAUUGUGUUGCGAAAAUUAUUUGUAUUAUAGAUACAUAAUAUAACGAAGGGUUUACAAUAUUUGUAUAAUUGACAAGAAAUUUGUUUUUUCAUAACGGAAAACCAUCUGUAAAACCCCAAUAUCAACUUAAUAGUUGAAAGAUAACAAAUAUAAAAAAUAAAUAAUAAAAAGUCUUCCACUUGCUAAUACUAAUGCCUAAUUAAAGUGUGCAUCGGUUACACCUGCACUGCAGCAACAACAUACCAGACGCAAAUGACAGUUUUAUUGGUGUUGGGAAAUCUGCUGCAAUAAAAAGAGCUGUAGGCAGACGAGCAGAAGACGCGACACUGCACCAACAGCUUCCGGCUUAAAUUACUUGAAAGAGUGAAUUUCUUAAUUACCAACUUGUCGCCCUUUAUAAGCCAACUAACCAAUUGACCGAAGACCCCGCCACGAGCUAAAGCAAUGUCAACGACAUCGGUUAAUAUUUAGGCCAAAGAACUAAGCAACAGCACCACAUGUGAGAGUGGCUUUUGCUUGCCAAAUUGAAGACAACUGUCAGCCCUAAAUUGUUUUUGCAUUACCUACUGCUUCUACGAAUUAUGGACGUAAAUAAACACACUAUACAUAUAUAAGUAUAUAUGCAAAUAAAAAACACACACACGCACAUUUAAGCCUAUAAAACGCAGCUUGAUAUCAAACUCAAGCCUGUCGCUUUCUUUUGGCCUCCAUUGCCUCGUAGUUGUCACACGAUCGAGCUGUCCAACAUUGGUGUGGACUGAGUGGUGAACGCCGCUUUUGAAGCGUAUGGAUAAAGCUCAAGUACAGAUUAUUGCACAUUCGGAGAAUAUUUCUAUGGACGAAAAUGGAUUACACUAAACGUUUUCUAUGGCUUUCCGGCAUUUUAUUAGGUCCAAUUCUACUUGCAGCCUUGACGUUACAAGAUGCCGCCAGUCCAGUAUUUCAAAAUCACAAAACGAAAGAGUGGACGAAUUUAGAUAAUAUCACAUUCUCUUUUGAUUGUACGCAUCGACCGGUUGGCUUCUACGCCGACAUGGAGUACAAUUGUCAGAUCUUCCACAUGUGCGAUGAGGAGGGCAAUCGCAUACCGCAUUUAUGCGCCAACGAGACCUCCUUCAAUCAGGAGUAUCGCAUCUGUGAUUGGGAUUACAACUUUAACUGCACUGAAUCGCCGAAAUGGUUUUAUUUGAAUGAACUGACGUACGCCACAGAGCCACCUGACGAGGAUGAAGACUACUGAAACACCACCUGCCACCCAUUAUUCACCUACCAACUACAACACUAACAACCCUAACUCUCUCGAGAAACACCCUAAUAUUCUCCUUUUUGGGUAUCACUUCGUGUGUGACCUUGCUGACAAGUAAUUAGCUAAGUGAAGUAAUUGUAUUUAUACUAUUUGUAAUUAUAUGUAAUUUGUUAUGACUAAACUGUCCUAAUAUAUAGUAUGUGUAUAAAAAGUUAAUGAGAUUUACGAACAACCUAUUUAAGUGGCGCAUAUUUAGCGAAUAUUUUAAUAAUUUAAUGAAUCGUUAGAGUUAGUCAUUUUCCUUAUUUAUAAUGUUAUGUAUAGUAUGUUAUUGUAAAGUUUUAAACGAAAUGUAUGCGUGUACAUAUAUUUAUAUAAUAUAUGUAGUUGUAUAUAUGUAUGUACUUACAAACAUAGUUAUAAAUCUAAUUUAUACAGUUAAUUUCCUAGCGAUAUUGUUAUCAUAAUGUUUGUAUGUGUUCUGCUGUUAUGUUCCAAAUUUUGAAAACACGCUCAUAAUUAAAGUAAGUUGUUUUUUUUUUAUUUGUGGCUUUUUUUUUUUGUAAUACCAACGCGACUUCUAAAUAAAGUUCAUAAUAUAAGAGUUUUGUCAAAAAUAUUGUUAUAGCAACCGCAUCGAUAUAUGAAAGUAUAAUAAAUCUUUGAAAACACUACAA